GACUGGUUUAAUGGUCUGUAAUUUGAUUUGCGGACACAAAUUGUGCAGUACUUUUUAAAAUAAGAAAGACAGUCUAAAACUAAACAAAAAUGGCCGUGCCUACUGCAGACAAGGUUCAAGAGAUCCGAGAAGUGACAAGAAUAGAGCGUAUUGGUGCACAUUCACAUAUCCGAGGAUUGGGUCUCGAUGAUGCACUGGAAGCCCGUAAUGUAUCACAGGGAAUGGUGGGACAGAUGGAUGCUCGACGGGCUGCUGGAGUCAUCCUUGAAAUGAUCAAGGAUGGCAAGAUAGCUGGUAGGGCAUUGUUGAUAGCAGGACACCCUGGCACUGGGAAAACAGCUAUAGCUAUGGGCAUGGCUCAAGCACUAGGUUCAGAUACACCAUUCACAAGUAUUGCUGGGAGUGAGAUAUUCUCUCUAGAGAUGGGUAAAACAGAAGCUCUUACACAGGCAUUCAGGAAAUCCAUUGGAGUCCGGAUCAAGGAGGAGACUGAGAUCAUUGAAGGUGAAGUGGUUGAAAUCCAGAUAGACCGACCUGCUACUGGAACAGGAGCGAAAGUAGGGAAGUUGACAUUAAAAACAACAGAGAUGGAGACUAUUUAUGAUCUGGGACAGAAAAUGAUUGAAUCUCUAACCAAAGAAAAAGUGCAAGCUGGGGAUAUUAUUACAAUAGACAAAGCUACAGGAAAGAUCACAAAACUUGGACGAUCAUUUACAAGAGCCAGAGAUUAUGAUGCAAUGGGAGCUCAGACAAAGUUUGUGCAAUGUCCUGAAGGUGAACUACAGAAGAGGAAAGAGGUUGUACACACAGUAACGUUACACGAGAUUGAUGUAAUUAACAGUAGAACACAGGGCUUCCUCGCCCUCUUUUCAGGUGAUACUGGUGAAAUAAAGUCUGAAGUACGAGAACAAAUCAACAGUAAAGUAGCGGAGUGGAGAGAAGAGGGCAAAGCUGAAAUUGUCCCAGGGGUGUUAUUCAUUGAUGAAGUUCACAUGUUAGACAUCGAAAGUUUCUCAUUUUUAAAUCGAGCUUUAGAGAGCGAUAUGGCACCUAUACUUAUCAUGGCAACAAACAGAGGCAUUACAAGAAUUCGAGGCACAAAUUACCAGAGUCCACAUGGAAUCCCUAUAGAUCUUCUUGACAGACUGCUUAUCAUCUCAACUACCCCAUAUGAGGAAAAAGAAAUUAAACAGAUCCUUAAAAUCAGAUGUGAAGAAGAGGACGUUGAAAUGAGCGAUGAUGCCAUGACGGUGUUGACUCGGAUAGGCAUGGAGACCUCACUUAGAUACUCAAUACAGCUCAUUACUACAGCCAAUCUUGUUGCAAGAAAAAGAAAGGCAACAGAAGUAGACGUAGAUGACAUUAAGAGAGUAUAUUCACUGUUCCUGGAUGAGUCAAGAUCUACACAGUUCCUCAAAGAAUACCAACAAGAAUUCAUGUUCAAUGAAUUAGUACAGACAGAAACCAUGGAAACAAGCUGAGGUUAUGGAGAGUUUCAGGAUGUAUAAAAACUUGUCAUGUGUUCAAGACUUUGUCAUGAUCUGAUUUUUCCAUUCAAAAACAAACACUCAAGUCUGCAAAAAAGAACUAGUGCAUUGAACAGAAACUGAAGUCUGCACAGUUAGAUAUAAUUAAGAUGUAUGGCUCUCUACUUUUGAAUACAGACUUUAAAUAUCAGUGACUGUUACUUGUAAUGUAAAGGUGAUGUUUUUCUAGACACACACUUUUUGGGUCAUACUGUCUUUAUCAUGUCUCGUGAAGAAUAAAAACUUAAUAUUGUUAAUGUGAAACAGUCAUUUAUUAAAUUGAUACUUUGA